GCGGAGUUGGAGCGGGGUCGGCGCCGCGGCCGCUUCUGCUCGCCGAGCUGCUGCCGCCGCCGGGCGGGCGGGCGGACGCGCGGAGCGGGGGGCGGCGCGGCGGGGCCGGCGGGGCGCGGCGGGGCUGACCGGCCCCGAUGAGGCGGAAGGAGAAGCGGCUCCUGCAGGCUGUGGCGCUGGUGCUGGCGGCCCUGGUCCUGCUGCCCAACGUGGGGCUCUGGGCGCUGUACCGCGAGCGGCAGCCCGACGGCACCCCCGGGGGACCGGGGGCGGCGGUGGCUCCGGCGGCAGGACAGGGCUCACACAGUCGGCAAAAGAAGACGUUUUUCUUAGGAGAUGGGCAGAAGCUGAAGGACUGGCACGACAAGGAGGCCAUCUGGAGGGACGUUCAGCGCGUAGGAAAUGGAGAACAAGGGAGACCUUACCCCAUGACCGAUGCUGAGAGAGUGGAUCAGGCCUACCGAGAAAAUGGAUUUAACAUCUACGUCAGUGAUAAAAUCUCCCUGAACCGUUCUCUCCCUGACAUCCGGCACCCAAACUGCAACAGCAAACGCUACCUGGAGACGCUCCCCAACACAAGCAUCAUCAUCCCCUUUCACAACGAGGGCUGGUCCUCCCUCCUGCGCACCGUCCACAGCGUGCUGAACCGCUCGCCCCCGGAGCUGGUCGCCGAGAUCGUGCUGGUCGACGACUUCAGUGAUCGAGAGCACCUGAAGAAGCCACUUGAAGACUACAUGGCUCUUUUCCCCAGUGUGAGGAUUCUCAGAACCAAGAAACGGGAAGGGCUAAUCAGGACCCGAAUGCUGGGGGCCUCCGUGGCAACCGGGGAUGUCAUCACAUUCUUGGACUCACACUGCGAAGCCAAUGUCAACUGGCUUCCGCCCUUGCUAGACCGUAUCGCUCGGAACCGCAAGACCAUUGUGUGCCCCAUGAUCGAUGUGAUUGACCACGACGACUUUCGGUACGAGACACAGGCGGGGGAUGCCAUGCGGGGCGCCUUUGACUGGGAGAUGUACUACAAGCGGAUCCCGAUCCCCCCGGAACUGCAGAAAGCUGACCCUAGUGACCCAUUUGAGUCUCCCGUGAUGGCCGGUGGACUGUUCGCCGUGGAUCGGAAGUGGUUCUGGGAGCUGGGCGGCUACGACUCAGGCUUGGAGAUCUGGGGAGGGGAGCAGUACGAAAUCUCAUUCAAGGUGUGGAUGUGUGGGGGCCGCAUGGAGGACAUCCCCUGCUCCAGGGUGGGCCAUAUCUACAGGAAGUAUGUGCCGUACAAGGUCCCCGCUGGAGUCAGCCUGGCCCGGAACCUCAAGCGAGUGGCAGAAGUGUGGAUGGACGAGUAUGCCGAGUACAUUUACCAGCGCCGGCCCGAGUACCGCCACCUCUCCGCUGGGGACGUAGCAGCCCAGAAAAGGCUCCGCAGCUCCCUCAAUUGCAAGAGUUUCAAGUGGUUUAUGACCAAGAUCGCCUGGGACCUGCCCAAGUUCUACCCACCCGUGGAGCCUCCAGCGGCAGCUUGGGGGGAGAUCCGCAACGUGGGCACCGGGCUGUGUGCAGACACGAAGCAUGGGGCCCUGGGCUCCCCCCUGAGGCUGGAGAGCUGCGUCCGGGGCCGCGGGGAGGCUGCCUGGAACAACAUGCAGGUAUUCACCUUCACCUGGAGGGAGGACAUCCGGCCUGGAGACCCCCAGCACACCAAGAAGUUCUGCUUUGACGCCGUCUCCCACACCAGCCCGGUCACACUCUACGACUGCCACAGCAUGAAGGGCAACCAGCUAUGGAAAUACCGCAAGGACAAGACCCUGUACCACCCCGUCAGUGGCAGCUGCGUGGACUGCAGUGAAAGCGACCACAGGGUCUUCAUGAACGCCUGCAACCCCUCCUCUCGCACCCAGCAGUGGCUAUUCGAACACACCAACUCAACAGUCCUGGAAAAAUUCAAUAGAAACUGAGCCUCCUGUCCCCUUCGCAGGCCCAGCGGGUCCCGUCUGGCACUCACUGCUGUUUCCUCUCCCGAGGGGGGCAAGGCCUGUGUGGGCAGCUUGUGUAAGAGGUGCCAGCCACAUGGUGCAGGGUGAGCUGGAGCAAGGGGUCCGCCUGGUCCUCGAGCCCCCGAGUUGUGGGGAUGGCGUGGCGAGCAGGCCCCACAAGAGGCCCCGCAGAGAGCAGAGCCUGCUUUAAUCCCUGCUGGCAGCAUGGGAAAUCGGCAGGGCCUUUUCAACUUUGUCACCACGUCCCCUGGAGCAUUAUGCAGGAGACUAGCAAGGUAGCCAUAGGCCACCCAAACAUGAGUCCUGCAAGGUUGCCCAGCCGUCAGGUCACUCUGCUAUGUGACGGUGCUUUAGAAAGAAAGGCAAAAUUUGCCUCUUUGGGGCAGCUCUUAGCACCAAUGCCACCCAUCUGCAGCGGAAGGGAAAGAAGUCCCCUCAGGCCUUUAGUUUCUGUUGUCUUGGGGGUGACCGCAGUCACUGCCCAGCUUCUGUUCUCAGUCGCUGCCCCGGAUGAUUCAGUCAAAGGCAGUACCCGGGGCCCUCAGAGUGUUCGGUACGGAAUGCUGCCAGCUGCCGGGUCAGAGAGGGAUCCCUCUGACGUUCCUUUGCAGCCAUGGGCAUCCGGGAUAGCUCUCCCUGCUCUCUGGGGAUCUGAAAUGCCCGUUUUAGUGCUCUCCAGGCACAAGGACGGCCCAGCCACCAGCUUUUCAGGGCUGUGUUUCAGAUGGCCUCGAGUCCGUGGAAAAGCCCAAGUAGAAGACCUCCAAACUAGAAAUGCCUGCUGAACUUCCCUCAUCCAUGCUUCCACUUCCCUCUCUCGCUCCCAAGCAAUUACCUGCCUCGAGAGAAGGGAGGGGCCACGAGGUGCUGGCCCCACAGCGCCUGGAGGCCUCCAGGAUCAACCCUGGGCAAGACGCCUGGCCUCUGACCUCAUUGUGAUUCUAUUUCUCGCCCAGAACUCCAGCAUUCUUGAAGGACUCUAUAAUUCAAUCGUGAACUAGAAUGCUACAUAGGAUUCUGGUAUUCCUGCAUCUGAUAUGGAUUUCUAGAAUGCUGUGAUUAAAGCAGCCAGCCAGGUAUGAUACAGCCAAGGCAGCCCCCCGCCCCCAGCCUAGAGACAAUCCGUGAAAUCCAGAGUUGGUGGUGGUGUUGGGGGUGCGGGGAGCCCUGUGUCCGUCAGCUCAUGCCAGAGGCUUUGGUACGGUGUGCUCCUCAGCAAAGACCUGAAGCCAGGGAACCUUCCCCCAUCAUCACAGCCGCAGUCCCGUUUGCCAUAGAGAAAAGAACCUGACGUGCCAUGGCCAGACACACACCCAGCUUCACGCCAGCCCUUCGUGUUUACCUUCUGCGUUGUUAAUUACCCGGCAGGCUCCCAGAGGGCUUCCAGACUAACAGGAAGCAUUUCUGUCACCAACCCGCCACCCACGGAUUCAGAAAUGGAAAUCACAUUCCACAACCUAUGGCUCCCACCAGCUAGCCUAGGAAAUACUUGAACUCAGCAUUCCAAUUAAAGUCGGGUCUCUUGAUUGUGUCAUUUACCAAUUAAAUAACUGAGACAUACGUCUGGGAAGAGAGCCACAAAUCUGCCUUUGAGAUGCUGGCGGAUCUCAAGGCCAUCAAUUAUCGGGGGGGAGGAGGGAGGGAUAAACACUCCCAGCCAUCGCCACCCGGAGCGAACGUGCGCAGCUGGCAAAGGAUCGCUUCCUCUUCUGCCCCAGCACAAGCCCUGCUCUGGCCACCUGUCCAUGAGAGGGGCGGCCCCUGCGCUUGCAAAGCUUGCUUGCUAAUCCCUGUUGUCCUUUUCCAAACGAGUGCUAUAUCUUUAGAAGUGGCCCUCUAUAGAAAGGAGCCAAAAGAUGAGGCCCCUUCUAGAAUCUAGGAUAACAAGAGUGUUGGCAGUUUGGGGAGUUAAAAUUAAGAUUUAUCAUCGGAGAGCAAUGCAGCAUCAUUAAAAUAAAAACUGUGCCUUUUAAAAAGAAAAAAUGCAAAUGUACAGCAAAUCCCUAAACUUGAACCAUUUCCUAGUGCCUUGCUAGACAAAGGGGCAGGGUUGGGGGGAGGGGAACAUUUUUGGUGGUGUGUGCGGUUCCUAUGGGUUGAGUGUGUGUUUCUUAAUGUCUGAUUUCAAGCAGGAGAUGGUGGGCCUCUAGGCAAGACCUGAGACUGAGAUGCCUCCGCGAGGCCAGAGUUGCUCCAGUCAGUGCAAGUCAUGCUCCGAAUUAAAAAGGCAGCUGGGCACCUAGUUUAGCCCGUGGCCUAGAAGGGCCUCUGCAGCCCCUGAGAGAAAGCCUUGCAUUACCUCACUGGGCCCUGUUGGGGGCCCAUGCCUGUGGUCCCCAUCCCAACCCCCACACAGAGUGCUUGUCCUGGGAUUCAGUGGGGCAGAGCACUGGCUGGGCUUCCAAAUUGUCCCACUCUAGGUGGGUGGCCGUGUUCUUGGCAUGGCCGGGAUUCCUGCGGAAAGCAGGAGCAGCAGCAAGCCGUCCUCAGCCUUCCCUUUCCCACCCUCUGGCUCUCCUUGCCAGUCUGGUUUCACACCCUGAACAGGGACAACAUGUCCCGUGAGCACCGUGUCCUGGGGACAGCACUUCCUCGGCUCAGUUUCACUGACCAACUGCCUAAUUGCUCUUACUAAGCCACUCAUUGUUUUGGCCUCGUUUCUUGAAAAGCACCUGUCUCCAGGAUUCAGGUUUCGGCUCACAUCCUCAGCGGAUACUCAGUAAAACUGAGCCAGGAGCCUAUGGGGAUGCCGACAGCCAGGUGAUGGGUCUUUAUUCGAGGAUGAGGUCACAAAAAAGGGUGUUGCUAGAAAGGAUCAUGACCCUGUGGCCCACCAGCAGCCUUUUAGAAGGGGACUGCAGAAACAUUUCGGAGAGCAAAGAGUGUCUUUGCUGUAAGUUCGAGGCCCUUGGACGUGGCUAAAUUUGCAGGCACGUGUGUGCAAAGCCAUUCCAUUUUCUGCUUCCAGUUGGAGCCUUCAACUUUACAAACAGUCCAGGAACUGUUGAUUCUUCCCUUUAGGAAACAGAUAGCUCAGAGGCAGAGGACGGUACAUCUGCAAAGGGGAUCUGAUUGGGGGGGAGGGUGACAUUAGGUCCAGGGGAGAAAGCAGUUUUUGUUGAAGAUGUAGCAUAUGGAUUUCCAAAGUCUAUAGUACAGUCACUUUUCAAAACUCCAACCUAUUGAAUUUCUUUUUUUCCUUAAGAAAUAGGUGAUGUCUUUGAAAAAAGCUCCAUAUUUCUUUCUGAGCAGCUCCAUUUUUCUAGUCUCUGGAUUCUCAAAAGAGUGAGUGGCAAAGCACUUUACAGUAGUAACUGAGAAAUCCAGAUUCCUUGCUUCAACGAUGCCUAGUUUGUACAGAUUGGGUAAUAUUUUAUAAUUCCUAGGAGGCGAUGCAUUUUUAAUGUUUUCUGAAGAUUUGUAAGUGUGGGUAAGGGUCAAGUUCUGUCCUGGAAGUCUUUAUUGCUUUCAACUAAUAGAAAGAGCCAAGUAAGAUUUUUAGUUCAAACUUGAUCUUGAGCCAAGACCCACUGCCACCUCUGGGGCUGGACCUACAUGCCAAGUGACAAGGCCGUCUUAACAUCUGCUUCCAAAAUGGCUUGAUUCAGCUGUGCCAGACAACAGAGUCAGGCCCCUGCUCUGUUACUGGCUGGAAGACUGGGAUCCCACAGGGGUUGCAGGCAGGGAAUAUUUGGGAAGUCAGACUGGGACUCUAUAGCGAAAGCUCAAGACCACCAACCUCUUCUCCUGCCUGGAAAAGUGAGCCUUUGUGAAGAACUGACUUGCCUUGUACAAUUGUGAUUGUGAUUGUUGAGUAAACCUCCAGAAUUUCUCUAAA